CUUGGCUCACUCCCCACGCCCCUCCCAGAACGGUUCCCUUCACUAUAUAUUCAUGGUCGCGUCGUUCUCGGACUUGUCUGGAGUGCGGAGGCGGACGGAAUAAGGGGAAAAGGUCAAAAAUGCAGUACUUAACUUUAUUCACUUUGGCGCUCACCUUGAUUGCAACGAUUUGUUUGGCAAAGUCCCCGUAUCAAUCAGUUCUUCAGCACAGCAAGAUAAGAGGCAGACAGCAUGGACCCAACGUGUGCGCGAUGCAAAAGAUACAAGGGACUGACAAGAAAUACUUCACCAACUGUAAGCAAUGGUACCAUCGCAAGAUCUGCGGCAAGCCAACGGUGAUCAGCUAUGAGUGUUGCCCCGGUUACGAGAAGCUUUCAGGAGAGAAGGGUUGUCCUGCUGCCCUGCCAUUGGUGAACAUCUACAACACGCUGGGUAUGGUUGGAGCCACCACCACUAAGAUGUACUCAGAGAGGGCUCAGCUGAGGGAGGAGAUCGAGGGACCAGGGAGCUUCACCUUUUUCGCUCCCAGCAACCAGGCCUGGGCGGCCCUACCCACUGAAAUCCUAGAUGCUCUGGUGAGCAACGUGAAUAUUGAGCUCCUCAACGCACUCCACUACCACAUGGUGAACCGUCGUUUGACCUCUGAGGACCUGAAGCAUGGAUCUGCCUUCCCCUCCAUGUACCAAGACUUCAACGUUCACAUCCACCACUACCCCAACGGAAUUGUAACAGUGAACUGUGCUCGUCUGGUGAAAACAGACCAGCAUGCGACCAACGGCAUCGUGCACAUUGUGGACAGAGUCAUCACCGCGGUUACCAACAACGUGCACACUUUCAUCGACACCGAUGAUGAUCUGGAGACUCUUCGUACUGCUGUUGCUGCUGCUGGUCUGACCCAAAUGCUGGAGAGCGAUGGUCACUACACGGUGUUCGCUCCAACCAACGAAGCCUUUGAGAAGAUCCCCCCUGAAAUGCUCAACAGGAUCCUGGGAGACCCCGUGGCUCUGAGAGACCUGCUGAACUACCACAUCCUGAAGAACAUGCAGUGUGCAGAGUCCAUCACAUCUGGUACUCCCCUGGAGACCCUACAGGGGACUGUUCUAGAAGUGGGCUGUGAUGGGACUGACAUGACCCUCAACGGGAAGGCCAUCGUCCAGAAGAAAGACCAGCUGGGGACCAACGGAGUCGUCCAUUACAUCAACGAGCUCCUCAUCCCAGACUCAGCUAAAACCUUGUUGGAACUGGCCCAGGGAUCCGUCGUUACCACAGCAACCAAGCUGUUUGUUGAUGCUGAUCUUGGCUCCCACCUUUCUGGCUCAGAGACUCUGACCAUCCUGACCCCUCAGAAUGAAGCUUUCAAAGAGGGUGUGACGAUGACUGGUGAGCUGAAGAAGCUGUUGAAGAACCACAUCCUGAAGGAGAAACUGUCUUCCAGUUUACUGUACCACAGACAAGAGCUAGAGACUCUGGGAGGAAUCAAACUCAGAGUGUUGGUCUACCGUAACAGCCUGUGCAUAGAGAACUCCUGUAUCGCUGCCCACGACAAGACUGGACGUUUUGGCAGCAUGUUCACAGUCGACAAGGUCCUGACUCCCCCAAUGGGCACCAUCAUGGAUGUCCUGAAGGCUGAUGACCGAUUCAGUCUGUUGGUCGGUGCAAUCCAGACGGCUGGCAUGACAGAGCUGAUGAACCAGGCCGGUCCCCAUACCGUGUUCGCUCUCACUAACGAUGCUUUCAGCGCCUUGCCAAAAGCUGACCUCAACAAACUCAUGGGUAACCCCCAGGAGCUGGCCGGUGUGUUGAAGUACCACAUGGCUAAGGAGAUUCUGGUCAGUGGAGGAGUGGGCUCCCAUACCAGACUGAAGCCUCUGCAGGGAGACAAGCUGGAGCUGAACAUGAGGAACCAGACCGUGUACAUCAACAAGGUCCCAGUGGUUGAAGCCGACUUGAUGGCCACCAAUGGAGUUGUCCACGCUGUGGGAGCCAUCAUAAAGCCACUGUCUCCUAAGGUUGACAGGGAACAGGCUGAUGACCCCAUCAGGACUGCCUCUUCCAUGAGAACGGACUCAAGAAUCGGAGUCAAAAAUGAUGAUCUCUUCCAGAAGGUCAGGAAAAGUAUCUCCAGUAGAACGAUGACUCGCAUCCAGUAAAUUAAGAGGAAAACAUAAACAUCAACACAAAUCAGUGGAUUGUUCCUUUUGUUUAUGGAAUAUAAUCUUAUCUGGAAGAAAGAAAAGAAAGGAAGGCUAAUGGAUCUAAUUUUGUCAAAGAUGGUACAUAUUAACCUAGAUGAAGACAGAGAUGGGGUAUAUUUUAGUGGAAUAUCUUGUAUAAUUGCUUUCAUAUACCAAAGACUGAAGAUUUGAAUUACUUGUAUAUUUUCUUUUAUGUGAAAAUGGACAACCAAAGCACAGCAACGAGCUAUGACUACAUAUACUGUAGUUUCAUAAAAGUGUUUUGAAUGUUCACACGUGACUUCUGUUUUAAAUAUAAACGCAGAGUGGAUUUUCAUGAGAAAUAUAUACUUUGUUUUGAUAUGAUAGAUGUAGCAUGUUUGCAUGUUUAGGCUGGAAUGGAAAAGCUAUUCGGGCAUACGCAAAUAAGUUCUGAUUCUCUUCGAUAUUUUUUUUUUUUUUUCAUUAAACCUGUUGAAAACAAUAAUGCACCCAUAGUUAUGUCACAUGCUUUCCAUUUGUAACACACUGUAGCAAUAUAUUGAUGUGUGGAAACCAAAGAGCAAUGUCUGCACAUCCCAAAAAAAAUGUAAUGUUAAUUUUGUAGUUUGUUGGGAUUUCUACAAGUUCUAUCCAUGACGACACCUAAGUGUUUCAAGAUAUUGGCACGGCACUUGUGUAUAUUAUAUCAUAUUAUCUGCAUCAAAAAUGGCAUCCUAUUCCCUUUUUAGUGUCCUACUUUUGACCAUGGUCCAUAGGGCUCUGGUCAAAAGGUAGUGUACUGUAUAGGAAAUAGGGUGCCUUUGGGACGUACCAUACUCGAUGUCUGAGAACAAUGUCUUCUUUUUGUUUGAAUUAGACAAACUGCUGCUGAAAACCACCAAAACAGGUCCAACUGUAGAACAACGUCAACACCUCACUGUACAGGAACUGAACUGAAAAUCUCAUCCAUGUGAUAUCAAUAAUAAUUGAAUCCAAGAUCAUUACCUUCAACUCACCACUUACUAACAUUGACUUUAAUGUUAAGUUUUAACAACUCUUUGAAGUUUGUUUCUGUAUGUUCUCUGGAGGGGGGAAAAGGAAGAAUUGUUCUCUGUAAAGAAUUUAGAACAUAGGAACCCUUACUGUGAGUUCCAGUUUUUUGGUUGAGCGCCUGGGAAGGGCCGUGUAUAGGAGUGUUGUAAGGGAGAGAGCGAGAGAGAGAGAGGGAGACAGAUAUAUGCAUGCAAUAGCUAGCUCCCAGUUGGCAGGUCUCCCGGCAAAUGAUCCGGAACAAUGAAUGAAACAUUUCAAAAGUGUUUUACACUCUGGAGCAGACACUACCAAGCUGUUGGAGCUACAGGGGGCAGAGAGACCACUGACUAGGAGCCCUGGUCAGGAACUGAAGGCCACUGACUGGUCUGGAUGCCAAGAAACAAUUUAACAAGUCUAAAUAUUAUGAGACAGAUUAUGGAGAAGGCAAAGGUCACGGCACUCAUUAGAGCUCUGGAAUUCCCACCGGAUUCUAGAACUCUCUCUGAUGUCAGAGUUCGGAUUUUUUAUAAGAGACUUACAGCUCAAGGUAACAGAUGGAGCAAAGACCGUCAGGAAGAGUAAUAAUGCUGUUACAUCCUUAUUAUUACAUCUAUAACCAAACAUGUAGUGACAAUAUUGUUGCUGGAUGUCAUGUAGUUUAUUACAUGCUACUAGUAGCCUAUAGUAUAUUGUGCAGCAAGACACGGUAGAUUGGCACACCAUUUUAAAAGCAAAAGUCAUGCACGUUCAGAGGGUUUCUAUGUCAAAGUGACCAUUGUUUAAGUUCAAACCUCUGUUUAAUUUAUUCUUUACCUUAACUGUGCCCUCCUGGACUAUGAGGAAGUCGGCCUAGCGCCCGUUAUUGCCCUGUAAUAUCGAACACGUGUGGUACUAUUAAAAACACCAUGGUUUUA